AUGGACUCUCAGCUUUUUGAUCAAUUUCUGGAAGAGUGCUGGUCGGCAGAGCCAUGUGACUCGGAGCCUGUCAGCACAGGUUCAGACCUAUGCCCCAACUAUAUGUGGUUCAACCAAUACAACCCACUACCCUUCGAUUUCGAGGACCUGCAAAGCUUCGGCGACCCAGAAUCAUGCCACCUAUCCACUUCCUCAAGUCCGCCUGAGUUUGCACUGCCAUCGCCAAUAUCAGAUGUCUCUCACACCCCAGAAGACCGCUUAGAUCAAAAAUCAUUCAUCGAUCCAUGGCUCAUCCCCACCGCUUUCGAAAACAACAACAACACCACCACCCCAGCAGCUCCACGCAACAGCCCCAUCCUCUCUCCUCCCAGCCUGGCUUCAUCUCCCAGCAGCUCGGAGUCUAAUUCCCCAUGGGACGUUGACCGCGACGUAGAAACGAAGAGGUCGAAACCGACAGCUGCAAUACGGACGGGGGAAGGGAGGAGUCAAUCGUCCGAAACCUCUCGUGGCAAAUCGGCUUCGCCUAUCGGCAAGCGCCAAAACAGUUCUCACAACCUGAUCGAGAAGCGGUAUCGGAACAACUUGAACAGCAAGAUCAAUGCUUUGCGCGAUAGCAUCCCUAGUCUCCGUUUCGCAGGGAAGGAGGAGGAGGAGGGCGAGGAUGCCAUGGAUAGUGACGCUGGUGAGAGGAGGAAGGCGCAGAAGUGUAAUAAGGGAAUAAUCCUCGACAAAGCGAUCCAAUAUAUCGCCGAGUUGGAAAAGGAAGCUCGGAGGUUGCGGAAUGAGAAUUCGGGGCAGCAAAUGAUUGUUAAAGGCAGGAUACCUAAUUAUCUUAUGUUGGGACUGGAUAAGGCAAUCGCGUAUGCAUAG